CAUUUAAUAAAUAAUAAAUGAAUUAACCACUUAUUGUUGUGUUAUAAAGCCAAGAAUCGUACCAAUUAUGGAUUGUAUAUAUAGUAUAGUUGUCCCAUCAUUUGCGCAAGCGUCUCACAUUUAAAUAACGUUUGUAAACAACUGUCUCGCAUUGUUUAACUACUCGAACAGUUUCUACUGUCAAUAUAAAGUACAAAAAGGAAAGAUGGAUUCAGAUAUAGAACAAAUUCAUAACAUUGUGCUCGAUGCUCGUCUUCCAUCAAGUACAAAUCAUUUGAAAAACCCGACGGAGCAGUUCGUAGUAAAUUUAAUAACAACAUUUCUUCGAAGAUUUCAUAUCGACGUCGGAGCAAUUGAUAAACCAACAAUAGAACAAUACGAUAUAAUGUCGUACAGCGAAGACACAGAAAUAAUUGGGAUCAUAAAUUUGCAAGUUGCUAUGAUACAGUUAUGUGAACGAAUAUAUAUAAAAGAGUUAUGUAUUACGGAUAUCAUUAGUCCAGGUUCAAAAAGGGUACGCAAACAAGCUAAAUUUCUUGCAAAUUUUAUACUAUAUGCGACUACCAAAGAGUCAGACAUAAAGGACAAAAUUAGUAAAAUUAAAAAUAAGGUGAAAACGUUACAGGACAUAAUAGAUAGAAAGAAUGAAGCAAUAGAAAUGAUAAACAACAAGGCAUUGCAUACAGCAAAGCAGUUGUCAUUGAAGAAUCAAUAUAUCGCAGACAUUCAAAAACUACAGGCCAGACUUGAGAAUAACAACAAAAUACAUGCCGAAGUAUUGGCAAAAAUGUCUUUGGAAGAAGAGAGAAAGCAACCAUUAAUAGAACUUAAUGGAUCUUAUAAAGUAGAAGUUUUGAAAUUGAGCAAAAUUGUAGUGGAAUUACAAUCAGAAAUUGUGAAGUCUCCUGAGAAAUAUAAAAUGCGUUUAAAGGAGUUGGAAAAACAACAGACUUCUCAGAACAAACAGCGCGAAUUGAUGCAGCAGACAUGUCAGGAUAAAAAACACUUAAUUGAACAACAGAAUGUUUUUCUGACUUUUAUCCAGAAACAACAGAAAAAAUUUAGUGAAGUUCCAGAUACAAUUGAGCAAUUGAAAAAUAUAACUGCAGCAGGAGACAGUAGCAAAAAGCAAAUUGAAAUGCUCAGAGCAGAUAUAAAGGAAUGCGAAAAAAGACUGGAGAGGCAAAAAGAUGAACGGAAAGAGAACGAAAUAGACGGACUUUGUGCACAAUAUGAUGAACGUCUUUCUUCUUUACGUAAUUUAAAUAUCCAAUUAUCAAGUAAGAAAAAAUUAUGUCAAGAAGAAUUAAAAGAAGUACUUGUUAAGUAUAACGAAGACUGCUUAAAAUUGAAGAAAAUGCAAAGUACUAUAAAAAAAUUGGAAGAUGAGACAGUAGGUCGUCUUAAGAGUUACCAAGAUAACUGGAACAAUGAAGUAUUGACUGAGAAAGCAUUGUGGGAAACAUGGAUGAAUCGUUAAAACAAAUAUACAUACAUUUUCAUAAGACUAUCUUCGAUUAUUGAUAAUAUUGUAUGAUAAUAAAGCACAAAUAAAAUUAGUUUUUAAUAUUUUGUUUAAUUGCACGUGUUAACAAUAUAUUUUACAUAAUCAUUUAUAUAUAUAUAUAUAUAUAUAUAUAUUUAACUGUACCUAUUUAUCUAAAUAUUAUUUUUAUUAUUGUAUUAUUCAGUAACUGUGAAACAUUAAUAUUUGGAAUGAUAAUAAAUACGCAAGGUAGUAACAGUAUAUGUAUAUAAUUUAUACAAUAAAUAAUAUAAGUACUUCGGUUCUCUUAUUAUCUUGUUUCAAUAUGUAUUUUUUAUUACGGAUAUUGCCAUGUAGUUUCGAUAUUCAUGACUUUCAAUGCUUCGGUAUUCAGAUGUUUUCUACAUAUAUAUAUAUUGAUAGGGGUAAAUGUUUCAUAAAGAUCUUCUACUUUUUCAAUGAUAACAAUGAGUUUUACUUAUUUAGGUGAGGUUUUUCUUGUAUUAAAGUUAAAUUCAAAUAAGCCGUAUACUUGUUUUAAAUUCAAAGUACAAAAAUUUACUGCAUUCGUGAAAUUUAUCAUUCGCCAAAAAUAUAAAUUCUUACUGCCUUUAUACAAAAGUUAUUUCGGUGUAUUCGUUAAGAAUUAGAAAAUAAUUAAAACACUUCAAUAUCAUAAAACCGUUACUCGUCUUUUAACACAUUAACGAUUACAAACAUCCAAGUAAAAAUUUUGCAUUAAACUUUUUGUCGAAGCUUUAAUUUGACAUAUUUGUUCAAAAUGUAUUUCAUUCCUAAAGAAUGUGUAAUUACGAUUAAAAAAUAUAUUCAUAAAAAUAUAUACUAUAUUGUGUAUUCACAAUUGUUAAUGUGCUAAUUGUUGUUUCGUCGUUACGGAAAAAUGGAACAUUUUGUGCAGUGGAUUGAAAUGUAGCUUUAAUUUUGAUACAACUUCGUUAAGAAAUUUUAGAAUACUGUUUUACCAAUAAUCGUGUAAUACAAAUUAUUGAUAGACUCAAUUAUACCUUCUGUGCAAUAGUUCUGUAUAUUAUAUACAUAUUGACAGUUUUAACAAUGUAACAAGCUUUAACAGUAUGAUUACAAACUAAAAUAAUGUACAGUAUUUAUAACAGCAUAUACACGAAUUAUCAUGACUCUAUCUGCACAAACGUACAAGAUUCCGUGGUUAUUAUUUCACAGUUCGUAAGGGUAAUUAGUAUUUGUCGUAAAACUGGAAGGUAUACACUAUAUACAUAAUGUUCUGUUUUGCAAGUAUCUAUAUACGAAAGGUCCAAGUGCACGAGAGAAUUCGUUAAAUAUUUAUACAGCGAGGACUUUAAUAAAUAGUGUUCUCUUGCCUUUUG